UAUGCUCCUUUAUACGCCGUAAUUGGAGACAUGAUGCCUCUCAUCAAUGUCUUGAAGAUAGCUGAGGCAACAAAAGGAAUCGAUCCAAAGGCGGUGGAGCAUCAGAUCUUAUCGCUCGUAUUGUCGUAUAUCUUUCGUCCCUACCUUGGGUACUCUCAUCUUGCCCAAACAGAUACUCAGGCAACUCAUAUCCACCUCGCAUUGCACUUAAAACUCAUCAAUCCUCAUCCUAGCAAACUACUUGAAUAAAAGGUUCUAUUCCGAUAUUCGCUGCAAUCCAACCCGCAAUUCAAAAUGCCCAACUCUCAACAGAGCAAAGACUCCUCCCCCACAAACAUCCACAUGCAUCAUCCCCGGCUAGCAGAUUACUUCGAGGAAUUCACCCGCCCGCACACCUCGCAAACAGCCAACAUGACCGCGUCCGCGUCCGCGUCCCACCUCUACCAGCACGGCUACAGCCACGGCGUCACGUACGGCUCCUCCUCGCCGACACUGGUCCCGUCGUACCUGCCCAUCGAGGAGAUCUACGUGCUGCCGCAGUAUCAGCCGCCCAAUCCCGAGGAUGAGGAUGAUGUGGUGCCGGAUCAGCAUGCGGCGUUUGGGAUUACGCGGGCGAUGGAGAGGAGGAGGGAGCCUGCUUGGAGGGAUUUCGGGUUGGAGGGGUUGGUUGCUGGUGGGGGAGUGGGGUGGGAAGGGAAGGGGUGA